AUGCUCCCUGCACCCGGAGCACCCGGAGCUCCUGGGGCCCUGGUGUCUGUGAGGCCGGGGCUGGGGGGGCACACGGGGGAGUGUGAAGGACGCGAAGAGCAGGUCCAGGCCGGGGUCCAACACUUCUCUGACGGCUCUUCUUACGAGGGAAAGACCGUGAACGGCCUGAAACACGGGGAAGGAGUUUACACGUGGAACACCGGAGAGGGCUUGUACCAUAUGGGCCAAAGGCUUGGGCCUGGAGUCCUGACUUAUCCUGACGGCCGGCAAGAUGUGGGUCUGUGGCACAACCAGCGUCUGUUCCAACUCUGUACCACUGUAGAGGAGGGCUUUACACUUCGGGACUUCCCUCAGUAUGCUGCCUAUGGAAACUCUGCUGCUGCUGCUGCUGCUGCUGCUGCUGCUGCUGCUGCUGCUGGAGAGAGGGUCAUAUGGCCUGACUCCAAGAAACGGUUUCCAGAUGACCUUUACAUCCUGCCCCCGAGGAUUGAGAUGUUUUCUACUAAUGCAGACCACCUGCCUCUGCCUCCCAAUCGCAGUAGAGAGCUGGACCAACAGUUUUAUGGGGAUGAGUGGGAGGCUGAUGAGAGCCCACACUGGGGCUAUCAGAGGGACCCACUGUCCUAUCUGCCCCUGGAGGCCCGCAUGCUGGCCAAUAUACAGCAGCACAGGCGGCAGGAGCGGAGGCUGAGCUGGGAUGUAGGGGCCGUCUUGUGUCUUGAGCGCAGAGGCUUUGGUCCUAAGGGUCCUCUGGAGGUCAACUCAGAGCGGCUAAUCGGCCUGGCCUCAGCAGAGGAGUGGAGGGCUGUGGCGGAGCUGGGGCGCUCUGGUCUAAUUCACCCUGACGUGGCAGAUGCACAAGGACACACGGCCCUCAUGGCUGCCACGGUGAAUUGCUGUAAAGAUGUGAUUGACAUUCUGUUGGACAUGGGAGCAGACAUUGACAAGUUGAAUGGGGAGAACAUGUCGGCUCUGGCUGUCUGUCAUGUCUUGUACUACCCUUACCUCUCUCUCCGUACGGCUGAGCUACAGGACAUGUUUAACCAAGAAAGACAACUUCUAAAGUCCACAGAGGAGUCCUCUUUAGCUGAUGUGCAGGAAGAUGUUGACAGGCGGAAGACCGCAGAAACGCUUCAGACACACAGCCACGUCUCCUCAGAAGGGCAAGUAGAAGUAAUGGAGGGGGCCUGUGCACCUGAGGUUGACCCCUGGACUAUAGCAGGCACCGAGAAAGACCUGGAAGACCAACCAGAAGACCAAUCAAGAGAUAAACCAGAAGAACUAACAGAAGACCAACCAGAACACAGAGCAGAAGACCUACCACAAGACCUAUCAAGAGAAGAGCCAGAUGAUCAACCAAGAGAUAAACUAGAAGACCAACCAAGAGACCAACCAAGAGACCAACCAAGAGAUAAACUAGAAGACCAACCAAGAGACCAACCAAGAGACCAACCAAGAGAUAAACUAGAAGACCAACCAAGAGACCAACCAAGAGAUAAACUAGAAGACCAACCAAGAGACCAACCAAGAGACCAACCGAGAUCCAAACUUGAAGACCAACCUCAAGACCCAACAGAAGACCAACCAGGAGACAAACCAGAAGACUCAACAGAAGACCAACCAGGAAACCAACCAAGAGACAAAACAGAAGACCAGGCAGUAGACUCAAGAGAAGGCAAACUAGACGAGUUCCAUCAUGAAACUAGCUGGAGGCAGACAGAAGCUGUGAUUGCAGAGGGAGUGGAAUCUGGCCCCGAAGCAAAGGACAGCACGGCGCUCCACACACAUGUGAAGUGCACCGUUCAAGUCCGAGAUGGUCCAAUUGUGGUGGGCAGUGUGCAGUGGAAAGAAGACCCAGCUAAGGGUAAAAAGAAUGGAUGGAACGAGGAGUUUGAAUCGUCCGGCUCUGUCAGCAGUUUUCAUAUCCACGUGACGGAAAAGGCCUUGAGUUGCACAGGCCUCACUCCAAGACCGGAAACUGAGGAGACGCUGCAUAAGAUAGCCGCCAUGAAACCACAGCACCGUGAUUACCUGGGUACCCUGAUGCUGCUACUGGAACGUGGGGCCAACCCAAACGCCUGCCAGGUUCCCAUGCCCGUGCUGCUGAUGGCUGUGAUGGCCUCUGAUGUGGAGGCUGUGAGGAGACUACUGCUGUCUGGAGCUCGCACGGACAUCCCACUGCCAACUCAACACAAGGGCUUGUAUCCAGUGCACGUCGCUGCUGCUCUGCCGGGGUCUGCAGGUCCUGAGAUCACCCAGCUUCUGCUUCAUGCCAUCACAGACCCAGAUGCAAGAGCGUGUGACCAGACCGAGUGCUUCAAGCCAGACCAGGUGAAAAGUGACCCAGUCAGAGCACCAGGAGACACAUUGGAGCGACAGGGAGGCUCGACCGCGCUGCAUGUGGCCUGUCGCAGAGAGACCGACUUCCAGAACGCCAGCAGGAUAGUGUCUCUUCUGCUGUCGCAUGGGGCCCGGACAGACCUGCUGUGGAGUGGACACUCGCCCCUCUCCCUGGCCAUCGCAAGUGGAAACCAAAUGGCUGUGGUGGAGCUGCUCAAACACGGUGUGGAUCCCAAUUUGCCUCUGGGAAACGGAGUGGGCAGUGCUCUUUGUGCCCUUGCCAACAACUACUACCGGGCAUGUGUGAACAGGCCCAAACUGUUCCACUUGUUGUUGGAGGCGGGAGCGGACAUUUUGAGGCCAGUUCUUGUGGAUGGUGUUGAGGGGACUGCUGUGGAUUAUGCCCACUACUCCUUCAAUCAGGAUGUGCACUUGGCCACCACACCCCUCCACAAGCUGAGCGUCCAUGAGAGAGCCGUGUUUAAGGAGCGCCAGCAGCUGCUCAGUGUGAUGGCCCAGGCUCUGAGGCAGGCGGCUCUGAGGCAGGCGGCCCUGAGGCAGGCGGCUCUGCAGAGGGACGCAGCGAACCACACGGUGAUGGAGGAGGUGAGGAUGGACUCGAUGAUGGCCGUGUAG